UGCGUUGAACUCUCUCCACGAGAGCGCGCGGCAGAAAGAAUCGUUUAGCGAAGCACGCCGUUUUACCCCCUCUUCAUAGACUCUGUCUCUCACUUGUCCGUCUUUCUUUCUGACAGCCACGUCUGAACAUUACACAGCAUGGGACUCUAAAUACCUUUUUCGCCUUGUGGAUUUUUGCGCUUAUAGAAUAGAGGACACUGACGGAAUGGGGUUUAGUGCGUUUACGAUGCAGCAGGCGAUAUGACUCGCUCCGUGGGUUCCGUGGAUUCUCCCCGCAGGCGAAGAUCCGGAGAAUGAUGGACGAGAACAAGCAGCUCGCACAGCGGAUCGAUGGCGCGAUCCAGUGCGCGAAGCAGGAGGUGGCGAACCUGCGCGCGGAGCUGACAGCCACCGGCCACAGACUGGCGGAACUCGGCGAGCUGGAAGAACCGGGCGAACCGCAGGAACACCAGCAGCAACAACAGAACCAUCACGAUGCACCGGUGCAAAGACAGAAAGCUUUGACAGAGCUUGGUCAAAAAGGGGACGUUGUUCUUCAGGAGACGUCAUUAGAUAAAGUGCUGUUGCAUGAGGAGGUGGUGCGUCUGCAGGAGGAGGUGUCAGUGCUGAAGCAGGUCAGGGAGAUGUUGAAUCGGGAGCUGGAGGAGACAGGAGGAGGCUGCUCUGUGGAGCUGCUGUCUGUUUCACAGCUCCGCGUGCAGCUAACGCAGAAAGAGCAGGAGCUGGACAGAGCAAAGGAGGCGUUGCAAGCAAUGAAGGCAGACAGAAAGCGUUUGAGGUUGGAGAGAACUGAUUUGGUGAAUCAGAUGCAGCAGCUCUACACAACACUGGAGAGCCGUGAGGAGCAGCUACGAGAUUUCAUACGCAACUAUGAGCAACACCGAAAAGAGAGUGAGGACGCAGUGAGAGUUCUGGCAAGGGAAAAAGAUAUGUUGGAACGGGAGAAGUGGGACCUACGCCGACAAACCAAAGAGGCCUCAGAACAUGCAAGUGCACUCCGAUCUGCACUGGACCUGAAAGAGAACAGGAUCAAGGAGCUGGAGGCUGAACUGACUAUGAUGAGUAGCUUUAUGGCUCAGAAACUAGAGAGUCGCGUGUUUGUUCGAUCUCCAGAAAGACCAGCCUCACCCAAAACCGUGUCGGCAAAACAGUCUUUGGCUACUCUCACUAAGGAUGUUCCUAAGCGACACUCGCUGGCCAUGCCCACAGAGACUGUCGUCAACGGCAACCAAGAGUGGGCGAUGCAUGCAGAGCUUCCUCUGACUGCGGCGAUACGACAGAGUCAACAAAACCUUUACCACUCAAUGGACAGACAGGUGCUGAAAGCAUCAACGUGUGUGUGUGAUGCGGACGGCAUCAGCAUGAUGUCAUCAGCCGCGGCCAGGAUCAGUCCAUGUCACUCUAAACAAGCGUCAGUCAUCUCGGAUGCCUCGGUGAUGAAAGGAGAGAGAUCCUCAACGCCAUCAGAUUCACCACGACACAGAACACACUCCCUCUGCAAUUCUCUAGAGGAUUUAGAAGAGCAGAGACGUAGAAAGAAGAAAGAGAGGAUGGGUCUGGGCUCUCUGUCGAGGGUGUUCGGUCGAGGAAAGCAAAGAAAGUCUCUGGACCCCACUCUGUUUGAUGACUCCGACAGUUUAUCAAGCCCCGCCCGCCUCAGUGUGAGCCUAUCAGAAUGCGAGGAGCAUCUGGAUCGGCUUCAGCAGGUGGAGCUCGCGCGGACGGCACCUAUGUCCCGUUGGCGUGCAGGAACUGUGCAGGCGUGGCUGGAGGUGAUCAUGGCCAUGCCGAUGUACAUACGGGCCUGUGCGGACAACGUUAAAAGUGGGAAGGUCUUGUUAGUUCUUACGGAUGAGGACCUGGAGUUUGUUUUAGGUAUCAGUAAUUCAAUGCACCGAAGGAAACUCCGUCUGGCCAUUGAAGAUUACAGGGAUGCGGAAUCAGGACAUGGCCUUUCUAAAGCAGCUGAUCUGGAUCACCACUGGGUCGCUCAAGCCUGGCUAACUGAUGUAGGUCUCCCUCAAUAUUCCCAGUUCUUCCACACUCACCUUGUGGACGGACGUCUCCUAAGUACACUCACACGCACCGACCUUGAGAAGCAUCUGCACGUGUCUAAAAAAGCCCACCAGAACAGCCUGCUGCUGGGAAUACAGCUGCUCCACACGCUCAACUUUGACAAAGAGAUUUUGCAGUGCAGGAGAUCAGAGUGUGAGAAUCAGAACACAGACCCUGUAGUGUGGACCUGUCAUCGCAUCAUCAAAUGGAUCAAAGAGAUUGAUCUGAAGGAGUUUGCUGACAAUCUUCAGAACAGUGGGGUUCAUGGUGCCAUCAUGGUGAUGGAUCCCUCCUUCAGCUCUGACACCAUGGCGGCGGCUUUAUGUAUUUCAAGCAGCAAGCACAUGGUCCGUCAUCACUUGAGUGAAGAGGUGAAGGCACUUGUCAGUGCAGCCAGGGCAGGGCUUGAUCAGGAAGUCGAACCUUUGGGGACUCCGCCCACACUUCACCGGCAAAGUUCUCUAAGCAGCUCAUCACCCAGCUGUCAUGACGACCAGCAGUCCUUAAGGAGGGUGAAGCAGCAGCUUGGACUCAGCCCAAAGAAUUUCACUGGACGAAAGAUCAGUCACCAGAACAGAUCCGGGUCGUUUCCAAGGAAUGGACUUCAGGAGGUUUCGCUGCAACGAGAGCGUUGCCCGGUUCGGCAUUUUUCUGCUGCCGAGCUCACCAAUGUCUGAGUCAUUCUCCUGUCGAGAUCGCUGAUGAAAAAACACCACACUUCCUUAAAUCUCCCAAACGGGGGAUGUUAUUUUAAUUUUCAAGGUGAACGUUGAUGAAAUCUCAAUGAAAGUUCACAUCUUCUGUCUCUGGACUUUGUUUGCCAGUAGGGGUCUUGGCUUUGCUUUGUAGACUUCCGUAGAUGUUGUUGUUUGUGGCCACGGACUCGUUUGUCUCAAAGUGAGACAACAUUUAUUUAUCUGUUAAGAUUUUGAUGAAGUUAUUGUCAAAUGCGGGUGAAGAAUGUGUGAAGAAACAGGGCCAAGUAUCCUGACAAUUAUAACUCUGAGAAAGAAAAAUGUGUUCAAGAUUUUUUUCUUUCCCAAUAAAAAUCAUAUUUUUGGACAUUAGAUUUAGUACCACAAAAUAUUGUAAAAUGUUGUGUCAUACAGUACAUCAUUAUUUAAAUGGAUAAAUAUUUGAAUUUCUUAAAUUUAGCUAAAUGAAGUUUAUAUCCAAUGUGAUUCACUUUGUAAAGUCUGAUGUCCAACAGGUCCAUAGCUACUCAUGCUCACCCAAUUUUGUAUAACAUGAACCCGAUUUCAUAUUUGCCUCUGCUCUUACUUGGUACAGAUGGUUCAAACCUGCUGCUUUUUUUGUACCAACUGUAAAUCACCGAUCUCAAUAUCAUGCAAUCGUAGCUAUGCUGCCAACUCCAAGGUCAUGCACAUUGCUGAGCUGUAGCAGGGGUUAAGCUAAUCAUCACUGUUAAUGCGCAAAGAUCAAAGAUAGGACUUGUACAUUUGCAUGUUUAUUGACCGACUUUCUGAAGCAGCGUGAAGGGAGGUGAAUUUAAAGACAGGACAACAUGUUCUUCAUAUAAAAACGGUCUUAAAUUUUAGUUAAACCUUUAGUAAAACUCUCUGGUAGCCUACUUCCCUAUUUGAUCCCAGGACUGUAAGACAAGAAAGCAUCUGUAGCGGGUUGAAAAAGUUUGGAAAAAAUAAAUAUUUGUUUCUCAUAUUUCUAGUAACUGAUAUGCAUCAUACCUGCAGUUCCCACAGUUUCCCACACAGGAUUAAUAAAGUCCUUCAUUAUACUGAGAAAAAUGCGCAAUACAUGUCGGAGCACUCCUUGUUCCAUUUACUGUAAAAGUUACAUAACGUUCCUUAAAGUUAUGAGGAAGCACCUUGCCUAUAUGGUCAACCUUUGUCCAAAACUAUUAACCCUGCCAGAAUCACAACUGCCCAUAAAGUAGUUAAAUAUUGUUGAACAUUUGUUCCGGAAUUAGAAUUUAUGUCUUGCUGAUCCCUGGUUGACGUAUUUAUGCGGGUGAUGCUGGUGAUUUCACGUGGACCACCCUGGAUGUAUACUGGUGUGAUAAAUAAUGCCACUAUCUUGAAAAAUGUAUAAACAAACUCCAUGUCAUAAAAUGUCAAAAACAAAAAUGUCAUAAAUAAACUCCAUGUGAGCUUC